AUGGAUGGCCGCAGUGAUGAUGGCGACUCGCGGGUGCUGGAUGGUUUUCACGUGGUCGCCCCACAUGCAUGUAUGGGUGAGGCUGUUCCAGCUCAGACACAGUGGCAUCUCGACAGUGGUGAUGGUGAUGGCCAGCCACGCCCGCGUUUAGACGUGCGCAAAGGCGUGCGCACGCGUGGUGUGCUGUGCAUUGUUGACCCGUCUUCAUACCGUCCGUCCAACCGACUCCCUGCAAGUGCCAGAAAGACGACGGCUAUCAUCACCCAGCAAAGAGCACACUAUCCGACUUCGCUUUACCACAUCUUGCACAGGAGCGUCCAGCAGUGCGAGCGUGAUCCAGACUGCCAGGCCACAUUCUUCUGCACCGUAUCGCCGCGCUCGUGCAAUUCUCCAAUCCCCGUCAUCUGUGCGCUUUCACCUGGCUGCCGCCUCAACGGUGAUCGUUGUGAGGUUGACUACGACUGCGCUGCAGUGGAGGCAACAACAACAACGACGACAACAACAACAACAACAACUACUACUACUACUACAACAAUGAUGGCUGAGACAACAUUCACGACGGCUGAGACAACAACAACAACAACAACAACAACAACUGAAACAGAAACAACAACAACAACAACAACAACAACAACAACAACAACAACAACAACAACAACAACAACAACAACAACAACAACAACAACAACAACGACGACGACGACGACGACGACGACGACAACAACAACAACAACAUCGUCGUCGUCGUUGUCAUCAUCAUCGUCGUCAUCAUCAUCAACCGAGACGACGACGACAACAACAACAACAACAACAACAACAACAACAACAUCAUCAUCAUCAUCAUCAUCAUCAUCAUCAUCAUCAUCAUCAUCAUCAUCAUCAUCAUCAUCAUCAUCAUCGUCAUCAUCACCAUCAUCAUCAUCAACCGAGACAACGACAACAACAACAACAACAACAACAACAGCAACAACAACAACAGCAACGACGACGACGACGUCCGCAUCAACUGAGACAACAGCAUCAACCACCACAACUGAGGUAAUUGAGACAACAGGCACGACGAACACCACCACGACAAGCAUGUUGGAAGUGACCUCAACCACCACCAGCACAGCAACCACAGCCACAACCACCACCACGACUGCCACAACAUCCACAAGCACGUCCAGUGAGAGUGCGUCUGGCGAGUUUACCACGUCCACGUCCACCACCACCACAACCACCACAACCACUGCCAGCACAAGCACGUCCAGUGAGAGUGCGUCUGGCGAGUUUACCAUGUCCACGACCGCCACCACCACAACCACGACCACCAGCAUGAUGGAAGUCACCUCAACGACUUCGACCACCACAACGCCCACUACGACCAUCACAACAGCUACCACGACCAGCACGGGCGGAAGUGGGUCUGGCACUGUGACGCUUCCCACCACCACGUCAUCUUUGAUAGCUCCAGACGAGUGCAGCUUGAUUGUUGUCCCACAACUGUGUGUGCAGAAUCCGAAUUGCAUGCUUGCAGGCAACUGUGUUCGCUUCCAGCGCCCGUGCAAGGCACCUCUGCCAAUUGCGUGCGAGAAUCGGCCUGGCUGCAUUCUCAAUGGGGACACGUGCGAGGUGGCGUACGACUGUCCUGCCAUCCAGAGCGAAGCCGAGUGCAGGCGCACACCCCUAUGCUCGUGGGCGAUUUGUCGCAGCCGUGAAGAUACAACUACACCCUCUCCAACAACAACAACCAGCAGCACGAGCAUGAGUGGGAGUGGCUCUGGAGAGUUUACCAUCUCAACUUCCACAACAGUGACAACCAGCACCACAUCGAGCGGCAGUGGCUCGGGCGAAGUGACACUGACAACCACCACCACGGCUACAACCACGGCAACAACAACAACAACAACAGCGUCUGCGACGUUUAGCGGCAGUGGAUCAGGUGAAGAGGCGCUCACGCUGCCGUCGCUGCCACCCUCGACUGAAGGGAACAGCACAGCCACCACGACAUCGACAUCAACAUCAACAUCAACAUCAGCCACCAACGCGACUGCUGGUGGCAGUGGAUUACCCAUCGCCCUGGCCGCCGUAAACGAUGAGCGGCGCAUCUCGCCCGACCCACCGGGCAGCAGCAGUUCAGCUGCAGGCUCGCUUGGAGGCGUGGUUGUUGCAGUUGUUGUUGGAGUUGCGGUGCUGUUGCUUGCAAGCAUUCUUGCGAUUUUGCUUCGCCCUUCCGCCUCGCACGGCACGGCGGAGCUGACAAGUGUCUGAUAUGAAUGAAGUGCUCUGUGCGUGUGUGUGUGUGUG